AUGUCUCUAUCUAAUAAAUCUUUUUUCUUAAUUCUUUUAUCAAUUUUGGAAGUGAUACCAAUACAAAUCGACCUACAAGAAGGAGAAGAGAUAAAUGAAAAUAAUGUUCAAGUUUCUCAGUUGAAUGAGUGCUUAAGUGUAAAGCGAGGUGCUGAAGUAGGAGUGUGUUUUAGUAAAGAGCUAUUGGCUAAUCUGAAUCAAUACGAUGAAGCGGAUUCCUUUAGUUUGGCCACCGGCGUUACUUUUAUCAGAGAUGAGAAAACGCCAAGGAAUCUUGGAAAUUUCCUAGACAAGGACCCUAUGGAUUUUAGAUCCAUAAUGGAAGACGCAAGCGACCUUAUCUCUAAGCGUUCAUUACAUUGGGAUAUGAGUACACUUUACCCUGGAUUGGUAAUGAGAAUUGGUCCCACUUUAGCAAACGGUGUACUUGAGUUCGUGCUGGACCCAAGGAUAAAAGACAGAACCUAUCAGAACCAUGGUGAAAUAACGACAGGUCGUUUACUUGCAAGAAAUCUACUGGUGCCGUUUCUCCUCGGCCUCAAAUUUCAUAUAUCGACUCUAUUGCCCUUAUUAUUGGGUUUAGUUCUCCUUGCUAGUAAAAAGGCAUUUCUUUUAGCAAAAAUAGCCUUACUAGCUAUAACUGUGUUCAGUGGAAGUACUGGAUAUGGUGGACAAUAUUUCGGUGGUUUUGGAAUUCCAUCACUCUCUUCAUAUACUUCACACGAAAAUCUUGGUCUUGGCCAUUACCAUUCGCAUGAUACCCAUCAUAGCCCUGGAGGUUACUAUCGUAGACAUCAUUUCGAUGACCAUUACUACAAAGAAAAAUCAUCAGAACCAACUACAGGUUCACCAAUAACACCUGAUGAGCUUCGAGACAGAUUGGAAAGACUUUUUAUCACUAAGAAAACUAUGGAAGACCAAAUAGAAGAGACUAAGGUUCGCAAUGCCAGAAAUUUUGCUUGGACACCCAUCAACACUGGAUGA